UAUUUAGAAUCAUUUAGAACCAAUUAUUCAUUUUCGAUGUUUUCAAAAAUUUUACCAAAAACAUUUCCACGUGCAAAGAAUCCAUUAUUGUUGGCUAAACAGAAUGAGAUUCGUCAAUUACAAUUGAAACCAUUUAAACGUAUUCAUUUUAAAUUUGAUCCAUUUCAUUCUCAAGUUGUUUCAAUACGAGAAUUUCUACAACAUUUGGAUCGUCGUCAAGUACACAAAACAAAUCCAAAGUGUAUGAUUCGAACGGAAAUUGUUUGCAAUCAACAAGAACCAACAAUCGUUGCACAUCUUGAAAACGGUAAAAAAAUCCUCUUCAAAACGGCCAAUUUAACAACCAUAGAAUUAUUGGAAUAUUUUAAUCAAUAUACAAAGAAAUUUAUCAUCGAUCAAUGAUUUAUUGAUUGAUUAAAUACAAAUUUUUGUGCCUGUUGCAAUAAAUUCAAACAAACACCAAGCUAAAUCGAACCAGCACCACCACCACCACCACCAUC